UGCGGUCACACUGAUGCACUGAGAAAAUGCAAUAAAUAGUUAUUGUUGUUGCAAUAAAACAUAAAACACGUCAAGACACGAAUUUUACUGCACUGCCUGGUCAUGGAGGUGGACCAGCUGUCCCUGGCCGAUGUGGUCUUUGUCAUCGAGGGCAGCGCUAUCAACGGUGCGUACAUCAAUGAGCUGAAAACGAAUUACAUUCUGCCCACGCUGGAGCACUUCACCACGGGCUCCAUUGACGAGCGAGAGUAUUUGAUAGCGGAGCGAUUUGCCACGCUCUAUGGCAUUGUCGUAUACCGCACAGCCUCCAAUCUGCUGGAGCCUGUGUGCGCCACCUAUGGACCCUUCCUGCAGCCCCAGAAGGUGAUGGAGACGAUCGAGCGUCUGCCAUUGGUUGGCGGUGGCAUGGAGUCGAGUGCACACAUGGCCGAGGGCUUUGCCGCCGCCCAUGGCUGCUUUGAGGACAUCAGCGAGCGUCGCCAAAUGCUCGACCAGACCAAUGUCCAGCGCCACUGCAUUCUCAUCUGCAAUAGUCCGCCGUAUCAGAUGCCGGUGACGGAGUCGUGGAAAUAUAUCGGCAAAUCGUGCGAGCAGCUGGCGAGUCUAUUCAACGAGCGUAAAAUCAAUCUGUCGAUCAUUUCGCCACGCAAAAUGCCGAUUCUCUUCAAGUUGUUCAUGAAGGCGGACGGGGAUCAGCCGAUUACCAGCAAGAACUAUGCCAAAAAUAUUCGUCAUUUGGUGCUGCUGAAGGGAUACAGCCUGAAGGAGCGUGCCGCCAGUCCCAAUAGCAUGGCUGCUCAAAUGGCAGCACCAAGCAUAGCUCAGGCUGCUGUGCAACAGCAGCAGCAACAACAACAACAGCAGCAGCAACAACAACAACAGCAGCAGAAUCCAGGCGGACAACAGCAAGCGGGGCAGGGUAUGCCGAUGGACACCACACCAGCACAACAGCAGCAGCAGCAGCAACAGGGAGGUCCGCCACAGCAGCAGCAGCAGCAGGUGAUGAACAUGAAUCCAAUGCAACAGCAGCAGCAGCAGCAACCUGGUCCCAAUCCCCAGGCGGGUCUGCUGAACCCCCAACAGCAGCAACAAUUGAUGCAGCAGCAGCAGCAGAAUCAAUUUGUGCCCCAAAACCAGAUGCAGAAUCCAAACUUUCAGCAAAAUGUUGUGCCUGGACAGAAUCGUUGGAUGUAUCCGAAUCAGCAGGGACAGGUGCGUCCGCCGUUCAUGCAACAGGGUGCCGGAGGUGGUGGCGGCAACAUGCAACAGCAGCUGCAGCAGCAGCAACAGCAGCAGAAUGCCAAUUCUGCGCUCAUCUCUAGGAUAAAUGCACCGCCAAAUCAGACGGUGAACUCGUUGCAGCAGCAAAGAUUGCAGAUGCUCAAUCAGCAGCAAUAUAAUCAACAAAUGCAACAGCAAUUGGUACAACAGCAGCAACAGCAGCAACAACAGCAGCAGCAGCAGCAAGGACAGCAACAGCAAGGGAAUCCCAAUGCCAGCAACAUGAUGCCGGCGGUAUCCAAUGCGGGAAAUAUGCCCAAUCCACAGCAGCAGCAAGUGGCACAACAGGCCCAACAGAAUCCCCAACAGCAGGCACAAGUUCAAGUCCAACAGCAGCAGCAACAACAAUCGAAUCCACAGCAGGAGCAGGCAUCCUUGAGAGAGAAAAUCUGGACAGGACUGUUGGAGUGGUCGGAGAAACCGAAAAAUGAUCCACAGAAGAUACCCCACACGCUUCAGUGCACUGUCUGCACGAACAUCAAGGAUGGCGAGCCAGAGAUCAAGGCAGAAAACUGGCCACCGAAGCUGCUGAUGCAACUGAUGCCCAAACAUUUGGUGGGCAACAUUGGUGGGCAGUUUCUGAAGGACUCCAAGAUGGUUGUGUUCCGGCCAACGCCUGGCGAGGCGCUCGAUUCGCUGGCCAAGAUGAUGACCUCUGGCUUUGCCGGCUGCGUGCACUUCUCCUCCAUGCCGAAUGCGCCUGCCUGUGAGCUUAAGGUUCUCAUACUGCUCUAUACGCCGGAUCGAAAUGCCUUCUUGGGCUUCAUCCCCAACAAUCAGGCGAUGUUUGUGGAGCGACUGAGGAAGGUUAUACAACAGAAGCAGCAUGGCAACAUGCAGCAGCAGCAGCAACAGCAGCAAAUGCUACAGCAGCAGGGCAAGUCACCCAUGGAGCUGCAACAGCAACAGCAGCAGCAGCAGCAGCAGCAACAACAGCAGCAGCAGAUGCAGCAGCAGGACAACUCCCAACAGCAGCAGCAGCACUACAAUCAAUAUCAAUUGAAUAUGCAAAUGCAGGGGGGUGGUGGACCCGGUCCUGGUGGCGGCGGUGGCCCUGGACCCGGGGGCGUUGGCAUGCCCAUGCAACAGAAUCAAAUGCAAAUGAACAUGAUGCAACAGCAGCAGCAGCAGAGAAUGCCCCUGGGUGUGGGUGUGCCCGGCGGCGUUCCUAAUCCGAAUUUGCAGCAACAAUUGCAACAGCAAGUGGCACCCAAUGUGGCGGCGAUGCAACAGCAGGCGGCGCAGCAGCAGCAGCAGCGCAUGGUUCGGCCCAUGAUGAGCAACAACAAUCCCGGAUUGCGGCAACUUCUCCAACACCAGACGACGCCUGGCAAUCAAUUCCGUCCGCAGAUGGGCGGCGGUGUUCAGAAUCCAAAUCAAAUGGGCGGCGCCGGUGGUCCUAUGGUCAGCAAUCGCAACUUUGACGAUGGCAGCUACGAAUUCAUGUAGAAACUCUCCUCUCUCCCUCCCUCUCUCUAUCUUAUUUUAUUGUGUCGUGUCCAAGAACAAUCUCUUCCUGUUUCGUUUUAAGCAUUUUUGUCGCAACAUUCGAAAAAUCUUAAUUGAGAUUUUAAUUUAUUAGUUUUUAUUUUCGAUACACACUACAC